AUGGCGUUAGAUGAUUCUAAACCGUCCGGAGCCGUAGAUCAACUCCGUGACCUUUUUAUACAGUUAGAUCUUCGCGAUUCUCCGUCACAACUCUCUCGUCAUUCAAGUCCAUCUCAAGCAUCGGACGAUAUGCCGAAAGCAAAUGAAUUCUAUAUUCUUCUACAAGCAGCUGAUGAAGUAGCUCUCCGGCUAAAAGAUGAAAAUGAUGCAUUGCAUGAUGAAAAUAAAAAACUUCAAUCAAAUCUUGUUACUCUCAUUCAAGAGAAUAAUCGUCUACAUGAAGAAAUCCGAAGCACAUUUGUAUCGGAUAUGCUUCGUUUAAUUAAUACAGAUGAUGGGCGACCAAUAACGAACAAAGAAUCAGAAAUAGUUGAGCUGUAUACGAAACAGAUGCGUAGUCUAGAGAUGGAAUUGAAAGCUACUAAAGAAAAAAUUAAUUUGUAUGAAACUUUUGCACAAGCACCAAACGAUCUAAUCUAUUGUCUCAAAUGUGGAACUUCUCUUCCAUUUUAUCAACAUGCUAUUGAAAAUAAUGAAAAAUUCGCUGAUAUUAUGAAAGAAAAUGAAACUAAUAAGCGUAAACUACGGCAAAUUCAAGUCAAACUUGAACAAAUUGAAAUUCAACAGCAGGAAACAUUAGCUAAGUUACAAGUAUCACUUGCCAUAAGUGAACAAAAUCAAUUUGAAAAAGCAGAAGCUAUUGUUGACCGAGAUCAAAUUAGAAUCGAACUUGUUGAAACUCAAAAGAGACUACGGAAAUAUAUUGAUGAAAUGAAUGAAACAAUUCUGAAUGAAAAAUAUAAUAUUGAGACAUUUUUUAACGAUCAAUUGAAAGAAAGUGCUGAAAAAGCGAGACAAAUCGAAGAAAAGUGUGCACAAUAUGAAUUAACAAUUGAUCGAUUGAUAAGAGAAAAAGCUUCAUUAACCGCUGAUUUAGACGUUUGGAAAGAGCGUAUAAAAGAACAAGAAAUUGAUUUCAGCCAAACAUCGGACUGUAUUAAACUUAAAAUUCAGCAAGUCAUGCGCGAACGUGAUCAAGCUAAUAAUAAAACUGUGCAAAUUCGAUCGGAUUUUGAGAAAUUCCUAUCACAAAGUAAUCAGAAUUUAAUUCAACUUCAUCAUCAACUUGGUGCGACACAAAUGCGACUCAAUGAAAUCGAAAAUGAGCUACUUCAAUCUAAGAAACAAUGUUUGGAUUUAAUCGAAGAAAUAAAUCGCUUAACACGAGAGAAUAUUAUGUUAAAACAUGUUAAACAAAGUCUAGAAAAAUCACGUGAGGAAAAUCUCGAUACCAUCAUCGCCAUAUUAAAUCAAUGUGAACAAGAUUAUCGAACAUCAAUUCAAAAUCUUGAAUUAGAACGACAUCAAUCAUUGGAUUACCUUGAAAAUCUUGUCAAUAAUCAAAAUAUAAUUUUAAAUAAAUUACGUUCAUAUUCACAAAACCUAAUUGAUCAUAUUGAAACAAUACUAGAACAGAAAGCUCAAAUUGUUCAAGAUAUAACAAAUGAAAAUCAAGAAGUACGUAUGAAAUUAUCAAAUGCAUACGAACGUCUGGAACAAGUAGAUAGACAAUUAAUACAACAUAAUGAUACACAUAUUAAAUUGAAACAACGAAUUAUUUAUUUAGACAAUAAAGUUAAAACAUAUGAAAACAUGUUUAAUCAAAUUAAGCUACACGAUUAA